AUCAAGUGGCCAGCAGCUAACAUGACCUCACUGUGGAACCAGUUUGACAUUGAUGUCGACCAGAUUCUGGAGACCACCAUCAGGGGAGAUGUCAACAGGAAACUUCAAGCCAUGACAACGAUUAUCAUCAGCAUUGCAUAUGAACGGUUCGGAGAAGAGGUGAAUGAAGGAGGCUCGAAAGUAUCUCACUCAAAUAACCAAUGUGAGGAGAGAAUCCAUAACAUCAGACAGGAGAUGAAGAUCCUGAAGCGGCAGUACAGGCAGGCAGGAAAGGAGGAGCGAAUUGGCUUGGCACAGCUGAUGAGCAUCCUACGAAAAAAGAUCAGGAUCCUCCGUCAGGCAGAGUGGCACCGAAGGCGCCGCCGCGAAAGAGCCCGAAAGCGAGUUGCAUUCAUUGCCAACCCCUUUAAGUUCACUAAGGAGCUGCUAGGGCAGAAGUGUAGCGGCCAGCUGAUCUGCUCUCAGGAGGAGAUUGAUCACCUGAAGGAAACAUACAGCAACCCAGCAAGAGAGCAAGAGUUGGGGGAGUGCAGCACUCUGAUAGAUCCUCCUGGGCCAAGUGUGCAGUUCAACAUGUCAGAGUUGCACCUAAAGGAGGUUCGAGAGGUUGUCGAGAAAGUGCGAGCAAGCUCUGCUCCAGGACCAAGCGGUACUUCAUACAAAGUGUACAAGAACUGUCCUAAACUCCUGCUGCGCCUGUGGAAAAUCCUGCGUGUCAUCUGGAGGAGGGGCAGGAUUCCUGAACAGUGGAGAGUUGCCGAAGGGGUCUGGAUUCCGAAGGAGGAGAACUCCAAGAAGAUAGACCAGUUCCGCAUCAUCUCCCUGUUGUGUAUUGAAGCUAAGAUCUUCUUCAGUGCUGUCUCUAACCGGCUGAGCACCUUCCUCUCAAAGAACAGGUUUAUUGAUACAUCAGUUCAGAAGGGUGGAAUAGCAGGAAUGUCUGGAUGUUUGGAACACACAGGAGUGGUAACACAGCUCAUCAGAGAGGCCAGAGAGAACAAGGGCAAUCUGUCAGUGCUGUGGCUCGAUAUGGCAAAUGCUUAUGGCUCAGUACCACACAAGUUGGUGCAGCUCACUCUGACAAAAUAUCAUGUCCCCAGCAGAGUCAGAGACCUCAUCGCUGACUAUUACAACAAUUUCAGGAUGAGAACCUCUUCAGGAGCAGUGACAUCAGGCUGGCACAAGGUCGAGAUCGGAAUCAUCACGGGAUGUACCAUCUCCGUUAUUCUGUUCUCCCUGGCCAUGAAUAUGCUCACAAAGUCUGCUGAACCAGAGUGCAGAGGGCCAAAGACGAAGUCAGCUCAACGUCAGCCACCGAUCAGAGCAUUUAUGGACGACCUCACGGUCACCACAGAAUCAGUUCCAGGCUGCCGGUGGAUUAAAAUACGGAUGCAUUUUAAACCAGCCAAGUCAAGAUCGAUGGUGCUGAGAAGAGGAAAGGUGGAUGAGAAAUCCCGGUUUAGCGUCGCAGGUUUAAUAAUCCCGACCAUCACUGAGAAGCCUGUCAAGAGCUUAGGCAAGGUGUUUGACAGCACCCUGAGGGACUUUGCAUCAAUCCAGUCAACCUGCAUUGAGCUGGACAUGUGGCUGAAGUCAGUGGACCGGUCUGGAUUGCCAGGGAAGUUUAAAGCUUGGCUAUACCAGCAUGGCAUUCUUCCCAGGAUCCUGUGGCCACUACUCGUCUACGAAGUGCCAAUCUCGACUGUGGAAACCCUAGAGAGGAAGGUCAGCAGCCACCUCAGAAGAUGGCUGGGGCUUCCAAAAAGUCUAAGUAGCAUCGCACUUUACGGGCACCGCAACAAACUGCAACUGCCGCUCAAGUCCUUGGAGGAGGAGUUCAAAGUAACAAGAGCUAGGGAAGUGUUGAUAUACAGAGACUCAAGUGAUCCAAAGGUGGCAACGGCUGGGGUUGAAGUGAGGACUGGUCGGAAGUGGAAGGCUGAGGAGGCUGUUCGACAAGCAGAGGCAAGAUUACACCACAAAAGACUGGUGGGGGUGGUUACAAGAGGCAGGGCUGGACUGGGUUCCUUUUCAACUCCCCACAUUGACACCACCAAAGGGAAGGAAAGGCGCUGCCUUGUCCAGGAGGAGGUGAGAGCAGUGGUCGAGGAGGAGAGAACCUGCAGGACAGUAGGAAUGAGGCAACAGGGCGCCUGGACACGAUGGGAGAACACGAUCGAGAGGAAGGUGACAUGGGCGGAGCUAUGGAAGGCAGAGCCACAUCGGAUCAAGUUUCUUAUCCAGGCAGUAUACGAUGUGCUUCCCAGCCCAUCAAACCUUCACAUAUGGGGCAAAGUGGAGUCUCCAGCAUGCCCACUGUGUUCCAAGCGUGGAACCCUAGAGCACAUUCUGAGUUGCUGCUCAAAGGCACUGGGAGAGGGAAGGUACAGGUGGAGACAUGACCAGGUACUGAAGGCCAUUGCUGAAGCCAUUGCUACAGGAGUCGAGUGGGCAAAGCACUCCCGCCCCUCCAAACAAGCCAUCACCUUCGUCAGAGCUGGAGAGCAGCCAAAACCAGCCGCAAAUACAUCUGCAGGCAUCCUGGCCACUGCGAGGGACUGGCAGCUGUUGGUGGACUUGGAGCGGCAACUCAAGUUCCCCAACCACGUUGUGACCACCUCCUUAAGACCAGAUGUCGUUCUCUUGUCUGAGUCCACCAAACAAGUGGUUCUGUUGGAGCUUACAGUCCCUUGGGAAGAUCGCUUGGAGGAGGCCUUUGAGAGGAAGCUUACCAAGUACGAAGGACUAGUCAGCGAGUGUCGACAAGCCGGAUGGAGAGCAAGGUGUCUUCCAAUAGAGGUAGGAUGCAGGGGCUUUAUAGCCCGAUCCCUGUCCAGAGCCUUAAGUCUGUUAGGCAUUGAUGGAGUGCGGAGGAGAAGAGCCAUCCGCAAUACCACUGAAGCGGCAGAGAAAGCCUCAAGAUGGCUAUGGCUCAAGAGAAGAGAUCCAUGGGGGCAGGGUAGCUAG